GAUACGGUCGAUCCUUCCAAAUUGACUUCACCCGCACUCGGCUGAAAUGGAUUUAAUAAGCGAGUCAGACCUGAAUACAUGCUUGAAAACACUAGAAUCUUCCAGUCAAGGCGCCGCUGAUGGCGACAAGGCGGAGGAGGCGCGCAUGCUGGACGUUCUCAAGCAGCUCCAGCGGCGUGGCGUGACAGCUGACCUGCUAAAACGCACCAAUGCGGGAAAGCGGCUUAAUAAAUUCUGCAAGCACGCAAGCGACGCGGUCAGCAAGUCAGCAAAAGCGGCUGUGGAGGCAUGGAAGCAGUGCGUCAAAAAGGAAACUGCGGAUGGAGGAGACACCGCUGAGGGCGGCGCUAGUCAACCAGCGAAAGCACCCAUGGCAAACGACUCCGCGGCGGGUGGGCGGGAAGGGCAGCCGUUGGCGGGCGCCUCGGCUGCACCCGCCAGCGGCACCUCGGGCGGCGGGCUGCGCAGCGCGGGAUCCUCGCAGCAGCUGCUGACGCGGCAGCCGUCCGCCUCCAGCUCGGGCUUCAGCGUGGACCCGCCCCGCUGCGGCAACGAGACGCGCGACAAGGUGCGCAGCAUGCUGGCGGAGGCGCUGGCGGUGGGCUACGUGGGCGGCGGCGACACCGGCCCCUCCUCACUCCAGUCGCCCAACCAGCUGGGUGCAGCCAUUGAGGAGGCGCUGUACGAUCUGAUGGGCGGCGGCGGCGGCGGCGGCGGCGGGCGGGAGGCGGUGAGCGCCGAGUACAAGGCCAAGGCGCGGUCGCUGUGCUUCAACCUCAAGGACGCCAAGAACCCCGACCUGCGCGAGCGAGUGCUCAGCGGCUCCGUGCCGCCGGAAACUCUGGUGCGGCUGAGUGCGGAGGAGAUGGCCAGUGACGAGCAGAAGAAGAAAAACCGCGAGCUCAAGGAGUGGCUGGCCAAGGAGGCGGUACGCGGGGCCACCACUAACGCCGCCACCACUGACAUGUUCCAGUGUGGUCGUUGCAAGCAACGCAAGUGCACAUACUACCAACUCCAAACCCGGUCUGCGGAUGAGCCCAUGACCACCUUCGUGACGUGCACCAAUUGCGGGCAGCGCUGGAAAUUCUGCUGAGGAGUGCGGGCGGCCGGAGCAGCGAAGCAUGUACGCGAGGAUGGACGGAAGCAGCGGGCAUGGAGCUGGUGGAUGGGAGGAGCCGGUGAGCGGUGAAAACUACUGCCGGCCAGUGUAAGCCUGGCGUUGAUAGCACCGUGACGAACUGGGGUGCAUGCUGUGACAGUCGAUUGCUGCGGCUAUGCCACGCGCCAGUGCACCAGUGCUGCAGCGCCAGUGCUGCAGGCAUGAUGUUGUCACGUGCUGCUUUGUUUUAAUCUUUGGCGGGUGGGAGAAGACGUGCAUUGUCACAUGAUGUAGUGCCGCGGGCAUUCAUUCACCCCGGCACCGGCAGUCUCGCACCAAGCUAUAAUCCAUAACUCCCUUCAGGGGUUUAGGUUGUGGCGUGCAUGUGCAUAGCGGAGGGGGCGAGCAAGGCCACGUGGAGGAGGACAGCGCGGCGUCGCCCAAGAAGCGGCGCCGGCGCGCAGGUUGAGGCCGGCCGGUGUCUGGUCUGCGGUCUUUGCUGGCGAGCGUAGCAUGGCGCGGUGUGUGGCAGGAUGUAUCGCUGUUGGGUUUGUUGCCGGCGUGUGCUUGACAGCGGGACGUGGCUGGAUAUAUGGCGGGCGUUGCCUGUAUAAACCGACCCCGGCCAUGUCCAGGGUAUGAGGUAGGCGCUUGCGGCAGACGCGCGAUGUGUCGUGGGUGCUUUGGGGGUUAACUCAAAAUCAAUAGGAAACAGUCGCGCUGCCAGGAGAAUCUGCAGCCGCAUAUGCGAGCUUUUUU